GCCCUUAGGCACUCCCAGACAGAGCAGUAAUCUUCCGUACUCUCACAUACAAAUCGUACCGCGUCUCCGCGAGCCCAGCCAAGAUCACGACCAAAGAUACGAUAGCGGAAUUCCCACGUUUCGCUCAUCUUCACUUCAAUUCACAUCGCCCUUCGACCAGCUGGUGCAACGCGUUGACGAUACGACGGCUGAGCCGCACACAGAGUCGAAGACGUUUGCAGACAUGGCACGUCGGUACCAGAGGAAAGACAACGAGAUUGAGGGUGAGCAACCGACAUACAGUUGCGUCUCCUUAGCUGGUAUCAUCAAACUCCAGCCCAAUCGCAAGAAAGGAAACAAGUCCUGGCGGCCAAUGAGAGCCAGCGAUCUGGGCGAAAGUAGGAGUGCUGAGAUCGAUGCGAGCAACUCUACUGAAGAUGUGAACAGCAUACUGCCUAUUGACACGCCUACAACCCAAGACUUUUUUACUCAGUCAACCAUUCCAGGCACAACCCGUUCAACAUCUGAGCUUCACGCUGCGUCGAGAUAUGUUGACAGCGAUAUUGCGUUCUUCAACCCUGGCGGCGAGGACAAUCGUUUGACUGAUACGCGAUUUGCCUUUGGUGACAAUUACGAAACGGUCUUUGGGAAACUUCCCGAUCCAAUUCGUCUCCAUGAGCAGAUGGGAAAGUUCGAUGGACAGGUCGUCUUCAUUGGACAUCCGAAUAGAGACGUCUCGGCUCACCAAUGGUCUUCGUCAUCUUUCCAAUGGGUCAAUAUUGGUAGAUAUGCUCACUCUCGUGGAAGAGUCGAAGGAUCCCUUGCAUCCGAUCGCCUGAAAACAGUCGACACAUCCCACGACUCUCUUAGAUCUUUCAAGGUCGCUGCCGAGAAUCGUGAGAAACUUGCUGUGGAGAAUGCUCUCCGACCUGCCCCUGACCGGAUGGCUUCGUUUUCUUCUGUAUCCAGUUUGGCUGGUGAGGCAACUCCUACUCUCCCUCAAGGAAAUACUCUCUCUAGUCUCUCUUCUAGGAAAGUCAGGACGACACCCCCAACAGUUAUGCCCGCUACGAUUAGGAGAGGGUACUUAGAGGACCCUUUUGUGGCGUCUGCGAAACCAUUUCAUCCCGACCUCACUAUCAACCCUGAACCCAGAAGCAGCACCAUGGCUCCGACAGGCUCGUUGGAUUUCGAGUAUGAGUUUCCCUCCAAAUCAAGCACUCCUCCAAUACCGGCUUUUAGGAGUACUGCCAAUCCUACUUUUAAGGAUGCAUACGUUCAGCGAGAACUACAACGUUUGGAGACAUUGAACCUCACUACAAGGACACGCGAACACUUGUCUCAACCAACAUUCCGCGAAGUCGACUUUGGCGAAGAGGCUGCGAGCAGAUUCGUGACCUCAGCAGGAUGUGACACUCCACUCCAACGACGUCCAAUUCCUUCUCCGGAGGAUAUGCGUAAUCGUCAGAAGGUUCGAAAUAAGCUUGCUGAGUUUAGUGAGCAAGCGUCCAGAUCGAGUUUGCUGGCACAGAGACACAUCGCAAUUCCAAACUUUGCAAGUCUGCAGACUUCGGCCCGCUCUUUGUUUCCCUCUCCCGGACUUACAGUUGCUAAUCCACAUCGAAUUGUCCCGAGCCUCAACGCUACCGCUGCACCGUAUUCGAACCUAUCCACAGUCACCCCAACCUCUGAAGUUUCCGAAUCAGAGGCUACAACCGUCAAUGCUACUGCUGCUGCUCUGCAAUUCAGCGACCCGGAUGGCCUACGGCACACACAGGAGUAUGAAAUUGCGAACGGAUUGAGCCAACAAGCACCGACGAAGCAGUCCUUCUACGGCCCUUUCUUUACCGAGUCCAAGCCGACCGCUCAUGAUCCUACCGUUUCAUUGUCGAUUCAAGUUGACGAAAAGGAGAAGCUUAUCAAUUGGUUUCGCGAUGGACAACGACCUGCUCGACAGCGAGAGUACGCCAAAACUCUUGUAUCCGCUGCAGCUACCAACAACAGAGGCCGAAGUGUUGGAACUAUCGGCGAGACUUUCUAUCCGCAGAAGAAGGAUGAUUACGAGAACACUCCUCCUUUUGUCCGUCUAUACGAAGGCCUCUCCGAGUACGUGGAAGAACACCGGAAUGGCAGCGGCCAGUCGUAUUUCACCCGAGCGUGGAAGGCAGCUUCUCCACAAUUGCGAGACUUUAGUGUAGACGGUAACAGCAGCUACUUCAGUAAGCCCAAUGUCACUUCGUCUGGUGAGGCUCCGUAUUCGAGAAGUAAUUAUCCGGGGUCAAGUAGUCAUGCGUGGGAUGGGUUUGGUUCCUUGGUGAGCUCAGCACGGGCUCGUUUCUCUUAGAAAUUAUUGUCAGAUGAAUCGCUCGGUAAGAGGAACUUAGCAAACUCUGGUCCUACUUCAAAGAUUCGACAUGGUGCGAGUCUUUACCCAUUUUCUGGCGCAAAGACUCCAAGACAACUGACAUGAAUGAUGGGUUCACAGGCGGGUUGUCAGGUGGAAUGCUGGAUAGCAAGAUAACGGCGGUGAUCAGGCUGGUCAAUAGAUAA